AUGGAUAAUGAUGAAUUGACAGCAUCUGUUUGGGAUGAUGCAGUGUCUCCUAGCAACAAUGACGACUUUGGCUCAAAUGGACUUGGCAAUUCUAGAUUACACAAUUCAGUAGUUGCUCCGUUAUCGAAUCAAUUCAGCUCACUAGCUAUGGAUGACCCCUUUGCCAAUCCAUUAGGAUUUGGUAAUGACGAUCAAAAAGGUUUUCAAAAAUAUGCCCAAGAUGAAGAUGAAGAUGAAGAAGACGAAGAUGAUAAUGAUUACAACAAACAAUCGUCGUACUACAAUGCAGUCGAUGAACAAACCCAUGAAUUGAAAAAAGAGGAAAGAAAAGAACAUUCAAAUGAAAUAUUAUCUAAAUUAACUCAUGGUGCCGAAGAUAGUGAUAUAUUAGAAUCUUCAAAUGUUAAAUCGCCUGGGAAGAUAUCUUCAUCUGGGGCGUUGUUUCAUGAUAAAGGAUCUCCAUUAAAAGUUAUUUCUGCAGAUGCAGAGACAACCAAAUCACCAACUCGUUUGACCAAAAUCAAAACUACCAAGUUCAAGGCAACCAGACCAAGAAAAUUCAGUUCUAAAAUAAAUGUGCAACAUAUGAAUGAAAGCAGUACAAAUCCAUUGGGUCCACUAAGUGUAGAUGAUAAUAAAGAAAAUGAAAAUUCAGAAUCGAACCCACAAGCAGAUUUCAAUGGGGAAUCAAUAGCCAAGGAAGCCGAAGCGCCUCUUUAUGAUAUAAAUAAUGGACCUGACUCACCACAAAAACCACUGCUGAUCAAAAGCAAAAGACCACAAGCAAAUGAAUCGGAUCCACAAUCCAAUAAAUUAGAAAUAACUGUAGGGGACCCUACUAAAGUUGGUGAUUUAACUACAGCUCAUGUUGUAUACACAAUUAAAACGGUGAACAAGAAUUUAGAUUCAAAGUUUUUCCCAGCAGUCGAACUGGUGCAAGUUUCUAGAAGAUAUAGAGAUUUUCGAUGGAUAUAUCACCAAUUACAGAAUAAUCAUCCCGGGAGAAUAAUUCCACCUCCACCUUCCAAACAAACUUUUAUUGGAAGAUUCAAUGAAAAUUUUAUUGAAAAUCGAAGGUUAUCAUUAGAAAAAAUGUUGAGUAAAAUCAAUCAUCACCCUUUGUUGUGCAACGACCCAGAUUUUGUUAUGUUUUUAACAAGUCAAGAUUUUGUCAAUGAAUCUAAGGAAAGAGAAAGAUUAUCAGGAUCGGGAGCAUCACUACAAAACAGUGAAUAUUUGGAUGGCAAUAAAGAUGUGGCAAUGUCCUCUAAUGUUGCAGCUGCAGCAGCUACUGCUGCUGCCACUUCAGGUGGAUUUAUGAGUUCUUUGUUUUCAAUGUCAACUAAAGUAACAGAGCCAGAUCAAUAUUUUAUUACCAAGAAACAAUAUAUUGACGAUUUGGAGUAUAAUUUAAAACAAUUUUACAAAACAAUUGAACUAAUAGGUCAACAACGUUUGGAUAUGAUUGGGAUAUUGGAUGAGAUUGCAUUGACCAUGAGUGAAUUGGCUGGAUUGGAGAUUUCCAAAGUUACGAGUGAUUUGUUAUCAGCAUUCAGUGAAGUGGAAUUAAAAAUUAAAGAUAAUCUUGAUAGAAUCAAUUUACAAGAUCAAUUGACAUUGGGGUUCACUAUUGAAGAAUACCUUCGAAUCAUUGGUUCAAUUAAUUUUGUGUUUGAUACGAGAUUAAAUGUUUAUCAACAGUACCAUAAUUCUAAUCAAGAAUUGAGUAAAAAGCAAGCUCAAUUGGAUAAAUAUACACGAAAACAACAACAACCUGAUAAGAUCAAUCAAUUGAAUUUUGAAGUUGAUAAAUUGAAACAAAGAACAGAAUCGUUUGAGAAAAGUUUUAAAGAGAUAAGUGAGACGAUUAAACAGGAAUUGGAGAAUUUUGAAUAUGAAAGAAUUGAUGAUUUCAGAAAUAGUGUAGAAAUCUUUAUUGAAAGUGCUAUUGAAUCACAAAAGGAAGCAAUCGAAUUGUAUGAAACAUUUUAUGAAAGACAAAAUUUAGGAGACGUCUAG